CUGGCGGCGAGGCGGCCGCCGCUGUGGGCGACAUGUGGCGAGCGAGGAGGGCGGCUGGAGUUUUGUUUCAUGCGGUCCUGGCGGCUCUGGUGCUGCUGGGCGCCCGGGACGUGUUCUUUCAGUAUGAGGAGAACCGGUGCAGCAUGACCUACAUGUUCGAGUACCCCGAGUACCUGAAAAUAAAAUUACCUAAGAAAAUAUCCAGACGUUACCCAGUCUAUGAGCUCUAUCUCUAUGGGGAAGGAAUUUAUGCAGAAGAAAAUAGAAAACUAAUCUUAACAGGGAUUCCUAUCCUUUUUCUUCCUGGCAAUGCUGGAAGUUAUAAGCAAGUACGUUCUCUUGGAUCAAUAGCACUGAGAAAGGCGGAAGACACUGACUUCAAAUAUCAUUUUGAUGUCUUCAGUGUGAAUUUCAAUGAGGAACUUGUAGCACUAUAUGGUGGAAGUUUACAAAGGCAGACAAGAUUUGUGAAUGAGUGUAUUAAAGUAAUUCUUAAAUUGUAUAAGGGCCAUGUGUUUGCUCCCCGCAGUGUUGCAUUAGUAGGUCAUUCCAUGGGCGGUCUUGUUGCAAGAGCACUGCUGACUCUUAAACAUUUUAAACCAGAACUUCUCAGUAUUCUUGUUACUCAAGCCACACCUCAUAUUGCACCUGUGUUGCCUUUUGAUCAAUAUCUUACUGAUUUUUACAAAGCUGUGAAUCAUAACUGGAUUCAGAGAGCUCAAGAAAUAAGGAAUCUAACAACCCUUUCUGUAGCAGGAGGAUUUCGAGAUUAUCAAGUUCGCUCCGGAUUGGCUUCUCUGCCCAGAUCAAGGCAGAAUUGUGCUUUAUCUGUUGUGAGUUCAGCAGUUCCUCGAGUCUGGGUUUCCACAGAUCAUCUCUCCAUUGUUUGGUGUAAGGAAUUGAUCUUGGCUACCGUCAGAGCAUUUUUUGACCUUAUUGAUGAAAAUACUAAACAGAUAUCAGAAAAUCCAAAAAGAAAACUGCUAGUCCUGAAUCACCACUUUUUAAGGAAUCCAGGAAAAUUAUUUGAAGAAAAACCUCAGUCGCUUACUGAGUUAACAGGAGCAUUCAUUUGGAUCAAGAUAAAAACUUCAAAAUGGUCCUACAAAGGAUACAAUGAAUCAGAUGGAAAAUAUUUUAUUUUUUCCCUCUCAAGCCACAGAAAAUCAUACACUCAUAUCCACUGCAAAAACAGUAUGUUGGAUACAAAUAGCUGGAUAUAUGGUUGUGCAAACAGUACUUCAUCAAAGUGUCUGCAAGCUGUUGAUUUGACUUGGAAAGCUGAAUUACUGCCAACAGUUAAGAUUGUGACUUUGAAACUUCAAGAUUAUCCAUCUCUGACUCAUAUUGUGCUUCACAUACCAGUUGUUGGUGGUAACAAGUUUACCUUGGACUGUGAGUUCUUUAAUGAAGUUUCAAGAACAGCGCAACUCCCUGUAACCAAUCUUUUUACUUUUGGAUUUUCUUCAAGCAAAAUCAAACUAAAUUCAACUGGCCUUAUUCACAUUGUUCAACUCCAACAUUUUGGUCAGAUAUAUCAGGCUUUUAAGAUCUUUAUACAGAGUAACUGCCAGAUUCUCAAAGAAAGAAAACCCAGUGUGUAUCAACUUCAUAUCCCAUGGUCACAUGAAGAUUCUUUAACUUUGUCACAGAGUCCUUUGACUGAGAUUUCUGCAAAACUGCACAUUGCACAGCCUAUAAAUGACACUUCAGUUCCUUUGUUGAAAAUGUAUUCAUCUUCAGAUUGUCAGUAUGAAGUAACUGUCAAGACCUCUUUUCUGCAGGUCCUUGGUCAGGUAUAUACCAUAGUCCAUGGUUUUUGUUUUUUUUUAAUGAAGAUUAGAUUCUGGUCAUUUGGCAGGUCACAUGACUCUAAGAGUCACAAGGUAAUAAGAAUCCAUUGUGACGCUCUUCCUAUGUACAUUAUUUCUAAUAUUCUUCUUGCCUACAGAAGACAAUUAAAGUCCCUAAUGUCUACAGGUCACUGUUCAGACUUUGUUCCUGCUCUUACUAAAGCAGCUAAGCCCUAUAAAGUAGAACCCUUAGCGUAUAUGAUUAAAUUCUUGUUGGGACUUAACUGGUUUAAAGGAAUCAGAAAUUCAGAGCUGGAUGGUGUCACAAUGAACAACCAGGACUUGUGGUUUCCUUUAGUAUCCCUAACUCUCUUUAUGUUUGGGACUGGCAUAGCCUAUUGGGGUGGCAUACUUCUUGAUUGGUCUAUAAGGCUCUUAUCUUCAUUGCACUUAGUUUUGACAAGACCCAGUGGACCUCCAUCUAACAACAGUCUGAUUACCCGAUUAAGGUUUUGUAUUGCGGUUUCGAUGUUUUUUCUUAGCUGGACCACCUGUGGAGCACUGGCUAUAAUGAUGACUUAUUUUCAUUAUAUCUUCAAGGUUGUUAAUUUCCAUUCAAAUUUAAGAUCUGAACUUAAUGUGUCCCCAAAGGACCCAGAACCUAGUUCAGAUGAUUCAAAAAAUGAAGCGGGGGAGACCUACAGAUCAGAGGAUUGCCCUUCAGAAGCAAGAAACUCACAUAGCACCACCAUGACUACUGACAGCAUUAUAGAUAGUCUUAAAAUGCACAUCACAGUCAUCAACUUACUCACAUGGAUUGUGCUUCUUAGUUGUCCAUCUUUAAUGUAUUGGCUAAAAGAUGUCAGAUACCGUAUCAGACUUGAUCCUGAUCCAUGUAGAUCUGUUGCGGUUAUUCUGAUAGUCAUUUUGGGGGUACUCAUGAAUACAAGUACUGCAAAAAUUAAAUCAAGUAAAUUGUUGAAGAUUGCAGCAUAUUUCCCCCUUCUUUGCUCUGUUGCUGCUGUAGUUUUUGCACCAGUUUAUUUAUACCUAAUGCCAUACUUUGUAAUAAUUCCUCUUUUUUUACAUUCACUAUGCAGCAUUGUGUAACAGCUUUAGCUGGCCAAGACAGCAGUAGCUAUGGAAGUAUAGAUAAUAUAGGAAAAUAUAAGCAGCAUCUUCUAUCAGUAGCAGAAAAUAGAAAGGCAUUAGGUUUGCAAAGUGUUAAUUCGUGAUAAGGAAACAGUAUUUUGUACUUACUGAUUUUUAAAAGAAAUAGUUGUAGAAAUGUGUUACUCAGUAAGCACAUUGUCCUUGACAUUGGGGGUAGUCAUGGUUGCUUCAGUUCCUUGGUACUGAAGCAAUUGGCUUUUACUUAUUUAUUUUAAAAUGUGAGUUUAUAUGUCCCAUAUGCUUCUAUGUUCUUACUUCAGUCAACAAAUGAGUGUAAACAAACAGUCAGAAAAACUGAAUCGCUAAUAAGAGCGAUUAUAAGUUCUUACCCAAUUAUUGGGAGCUGUCAUAGUUCUUCCUUUGAGUCUGUACCAGGCUAAAAUGCUGAUGUGGCAAGAUUGUUAGUGAUAAAUCCAAAGAUAUAUCUGAGGUUGCAAAUUUGUGAGACAACUAAAAGCAGUACAUAAAAGUGUACUCAAUAUAACAUAAUUUAGUAAGUAUGCAAGCAGGUUGUAUGUUGUCUGUACUGUUAAAAUCUGAAAUUAGGGCAGAUACUCAGGUGAAUAUUGCUAUACAGAGGAAAGUCUGCCAUUAUGGACAAACAUAGGAAGUAAUUUUGAAUAACCCCUCACAUAUUUAUUUUGUCAGUAUUACUGUUGGAAUAAAUAAGAUACCAAUAUGUAUUUUCAAAAACUGCAUACCUUCAAAACCUUUUGCAUAAUUGUUUGCAUUCAAGAGCUGAAGUAUGAGACAUCCAGCUACAGUAGAAAUGGAAUGUUCGUAGAAUGUUUUCUGCAUAGAAGCCAUUUUAUACAAGGGCAAUGAAACCCUGCGUCAUGCAAACAAUCAGUUUUCUGACAUGUUUCUUUCUCAAUAUGUGACUGGAGAAUUCUCAUAAUUCCUAAUAAUCAUGUUGGUUGGGAUCAGGAGACUUUAAUCUCCUGCAUUUGGAAAGACCAGAUUGCCGACCGACAGACAGACAGACAUACAAGUUUAUCCACCAUUACAUCUGUUUUUCGUGGAUUUGGCUUCAUUUUUUCCUCAUCUGCUUAAAAACUGCCCCAGACAAGACAAUUCAGGAAAACUCCCCAUAACUACAUACAAGGGUUUUAAAAAUGGAUCCUUGAAGUAUUUCAUUAGAGUAACAUUUUGCUAAUGUCAUUCAGCAUCUCUUAGGUCCAUCAGGACUCAUCAUAGUGUAGAGCUGUGCACUUCUAAUUGAUCGCCAAAAUGUUUCAAUAAUAUUUGGAUUGAUAAAACUUAGGCAUCAAAGAAUCAAUAUUUAUUUCUGUACAGAGAAGUUUUAAAGGACCUGUCUUUAGUCAGGACUAUGUUAAUAUUAUGUAUAACCAUUUAAAAAGCAGCAACAUAUUCUGGUUCUUUAAAUAAAAUGUAUGAGGCAUUAUAUCUGGAGGCAAAUUUUUGCUGCUUUUGCAUAUCACCAUCAGCUUAAAAAUUAGUGUUCAAUUGUAUAAAAGUAGCCAAUCAAAUCCAAGUACAAUAGUUUACAGAUAGAUAGAUAGAUAGAUAGAUAGAUAGAUAGAUAGAUAGAUAGAUAGAAGUUCCGGUGCAUCAGUUGCCCUGUAUCUUAGCACCUCUUUCACAUAAUGGCUCAUUUCCUCUUCCUGUUGCUACCUAGAAAGAUAGCCUUCCUUUAAACCAAGUUACGAUACAUAUUUUCCUCUACCUUUAUCCAUUAUAAUUCCUACCUAAAGUGCCUUAAAGUGUGUGAAUCGUUACAUGUGUUAUCAUUAGCAUCUUUAAAUGGAAUACUCUAAGCUCAAGCCAGUUCUAGGGCCUCAGUAUCCAGACAUAAUUUUAAUAGGAUAUUAAAAUGUCCUUGCUGUUCUUGGGUAAGUCUCUUGUAUAAGUACUCUGAUAUCUAAUUUUCAACCAAUUAUAUGGCACUAAACUGAGCUGUCAGUGUACUCUGUCUGUGACCCACUUACUGGAUGACUUACAACAUCUGCAAAGAGUUUCUUUUUUAUUGCUGUACUGGGCUUUUUGCCAACAGCUGGCAGAGAGCAAAGAAAUGCAAUCUAUUUUCAGCCCUCGUUCAAUGAAGGCUGACCUUGGAAGGCAUUUCUAUGCCUCUUAUAGCCGUAUGCUAAAUUGAACUUUGGCAGUGAUCUUUUGUCUCUUGUCAGUGCUGCAGCAAUGGAAAUGGUUCUUGCCAAAUAUUUCAUUCUCAAGCAGUAGCUAAGGACACAAAAGUUCCCUUCAAAGUCAUACACUGGCAUCUCCUUGGAAGCUUGUCCUUCCGAUCAGAUGCUGAUGAGAGCUUUAUUUUGUCAAAGGUCAUGGUGGUCUUAAGAAAGGCUUUGUUUGCUGCAGAAUUACCUGACUGUAUAACUUUUAUCUAUUUUGCAGUACAUGUGGUGUUUCUGUGUGUGUGUGUGUGAGAGAGAGAGAGAGAGAUAGUAGUUAAUGUUUAUUAAAGUGGUGGUAACUUAUUGUACAAUGGCUCAUAAUUUAUGGCUAUUCAGACUCAGUAUUAGAAGCUAAAGAGCUCUAUAAUACAGUUUAGAUCUGUAAGAUAUUUCUGGAAGAUCUAUCAUUGAUUUACAGAUUACUAGAAAAUCAUAGCUGUUGAUUGUCACGUGGUCUGCUACUGUAUAUGUGAAGUGCAGUUGAGUGAUCUCCAAUCAUAUUCUUAGUGAACGUACACUAUUUUACAUGCUGUGUGAAUUGUACAUACUUAGGAUGCAUAGUACUUUUAUUAUCUUUUUUACAUAUUUUUGUAUCUGCCCAAGAAUCAGUAACUUAUAGUUUUAGAUUGUAUAUUGAGGGCACUUUUACACUUUUAUCUGAAACUUUUUGCUUUUUUCCUAUUUUGGGUCUACAUCUCUUUUUGCUUUUUAUUUGGAUUUACAGCAUUGAUUGAAAACCAGUAAGUAGAAGUGUAAUUGCAACUGAGCUACUCACAAGUAAGCCCAUUUGAGUGCUUUGAAAUUUACUUCAGAUAAACAUGCAACUGUGUGUAGGACUGCCCUGCAAGCUAAGUAUUUCAGUAACAUAGUCUAAGGAAAUGUUAAAAUUAAAACAUCACUACUUUUUAAUAAAGUCCAGGCAGUCUUCAGGAGUCAAUAAAAGCAGCUAUAUUAAAUUUCCUGGUACCACAGCUGAAUUGGCCUUGGAGAAAAUGCUUUUUCAUAAAGAUUCAAAUUGAUUUCUAUAUGUCUUUAGGAUCAAAAACCAAUUUGUAGAUUACAGAAUAAGAACUGUUUAAGAAUAACCCUGUGCCAGCAUUAACUUUUUGCUUUGAAUUGUUACAUGUGCAGGUUGGAGAAUUAAACCAUAAUGAAAAUUGUUGGAAAGGCUAAUUAGAAAAGAGGAGGGACCGUAUUCAAAAUUCACAUGCCUAGGUCCAUAUAUUCAAAGGGAGGCUUUUUUUGGCUUCUGGUUCCUGAGCAGCAACUUUCUCCUGUAACUGCUGUAUUAUAAAAACAUUAGAAACUGAGCAGAGUUUCAAAAAUUUCAGAAGGGCCUGGAGGGCUGCAGUUGAAAGGAGGGCAUGCCCCAACCCUUCAGUAUGUGCAGAGUUGCUCUUGGAAUUGUGCAUUAAACAUGGAUAUAGUGGGCAACCUUGAUUUUUGAAUUUGCUAGAUUUUUUGAAUAUUACUUUGCCGGCAGGCUACACACCUCAAAAACGUAUUAAUUUAUAAAUACCUCUAUUCAGAAAUGCUGGAUGUAUCCUUAAGCUUUUGAUCACCAUUUCUGAUCUCUAGUGCCUGUGAACAAAUGAGUAUCUGCCAAAAAAAUUACCUCCUGAAGAAAUAACUUGUGGUAAAGGAUGACCUGUUUGCACGCUUGAAGCUCAGACUCAUCUUUAUGAGUUGAUAGAAUUAAUGAUAUGGUUGAUAGAAUUAAUCAUUUUAUAAAUCUUAGCUCUUAAAGUCUGUGUAGGCUCUGUACUGUUCAUGCAAUAAAUUAUUUUUCUGUUCACUGCAAUAUAUUCUGAACAAUAUGAAUUAUUUUAGCCCCUAAAUAGCCUAGAUUUAAGAGUUAAUUUUGUAAUCUGAGAGAUCCUUGUUCAGUUGCAGUAUUAAUAUUUUGUUUCCUUUUUCUAGAAAAUAAGAUAAUGUAGCUAGAUCUAUAUUGUUUUAGAAAUACAUGAAGUUUGUUAAAAGUAUUUGUAAUUGUUAAUAUAUUUCUGGAUAUUUAUGCCAAGAAAGUAUGACUGAACAAACUUACCUGUGCUUUGGAAUGGGUGAAGAAUGAAUUUUUAGUUCAUUUUUAUAGAUUUCUGAUACUUGAUGCUAAUCUGCGUAAUAGAUUUUUAAGGUAUGAAUCAUACUUGAAAUACUUUCAUCCAUUAAAAAAAAUGUAUCUCAGUUAUUCACUAGUGGCAUUUUAGUGAAUCAACUUGCAAAAUACCAUAGUUAAAUCCACAAUUCUAGCGCUUUCCAUUUUCUCAUGAAUAAUAGUUCACACAACAGCAUAUGCUAUAAUAUUUCCAUAACGAAGAUAAUUUGAAAGUCCAGCACUAUGAAUCCUGUUCCAAAGUAACUAACCUUGAACAUCUAGUUACACCUACUACAUUUUAAAUAAUAAAUUUCUAUGCAUGGCAUGCUGCUUUUAAAAUCUAAAAAAAAAACAAAUAGUACAGACGAUGAUAUUUCAAAGGAUGGAGGGAAGUCAAAAUUGUGACAUGAAUAUGUGUUGAAGCCCUGGGAUGCAACUAAUGUAGAUUUGUGACAUUUGCCUAAAAGAUUGUAUUUCAGUCUAGUUUAAACGAUAGUUUAUUGUUUAUUUUACUGUAGGCCAUUGGAACAUGUGAUUAAGCCAAACUUUACUGACAUACUGAUAUAAGGAAGGCUGCCGUGAGACUUUUAAAAAAAGUGAAAGGGUAGGGAGGGUAGAAUCUGAUAGAUCACACAUAAUAUAAUUAAAGAUUAGGAGGAGGAGAGAUAUUUCACUCCUUCUGCACCCCUCCUUGGGGAUUUUAAAAAACUUUUCUAAGUCUAUCCAUGGCUUAAAAUACUUUCUUCUUUUUUCCCUUCCAAAAAUUUGCAGAAAAUCAUGUUGCAAAGGAUUCUGUCAUCAGAAAAAAAAUGAGAGACAAGUUGUCUCCUGAAGCCCUUGAUAUACAUACUCACAAUGGCUCAUAUCCUCUUAAUAAUUUGACUGCUUUUUUUUUUUAGUGAAAAAGGUGAGAGUGGGUACUUUUAAAUAAACAAUGCUGUAUAAAUUAUACAGCACUAUAGCAUAGAAAGAGACUCCACAAGGACCACUACACUUUAUCAAACAGUGAUACUAUUUUACAUUUUUACAAAUAUACAUUUAUGAUAUAAACGAGUAAAAUUGUAAAAUGUAGAGAUGGUUCAUCACAAAUGAAAUAACCAACUGUUUAAAACAAAUGUAUAAGUAUAUCCCUCCACUAAAAAAAGUAAAAAAAAAUGUAGUUAACAGAUAAAAAUAUUGAUUUUCCACAUUACUUCGAAGUUGGAGAUAAUAAACCUAACAACUGUUUUGUAGCAACGUAUAAAAACUGAAAAAAGUACAUUUCCUUACAGUAAAUCUUAGUUGUUCUGACUUUAUUUUUCAGGCCUGUCCCUAAUGUGGGGCCCAGAGUCAUUGUUGGAAAUAUAGGUUGAUCCUGAUUCUUAUAGCAUGCUAGCUUCCUUUUUUUUUUUUUUAGACUUUAUAAGAAAAUUGGGGGAGUAAAUUUGGCAGAUGGCAAGACAUGUUGAUAAGCACAGUGCCGCCCUGGGUACUAUAUUGAGGAAUGACAUAAAAGAGCCAUAGAGGAAAGAAUAAUUGUUCUCUUCAUUCAAUUCCAGUGGAACAUACCUCAACAGAACCUUUUAAUUCCACUGACUCUUUCAUCUUCCUAAAACCAUGUAACAAUAGGCCAUUUCUUUAUAAAAUAAUCUACUAAUAGAAUGGCCAGUGCUUUAGUGUUCCUAUUAUACAAAGUUCUCUUCAUUUCUGGCAAGCUUGAUCUGCAAAGUCAGUCAUUCUAUAAAGUGUUACACUAAGCAGCUUUGACUGAUUUUUAGUAGUUUGGUUAUGAUCUUUUUACAAACUAGAAUAAAAUUUGUUGUCUUUUAUAGAUUGUCCAUGACUAAGGUUUGUAAAGCUGAAGAUUAGCUGCAUAAAAUAUAUUUUUGACUUUUUAGAAAUUUUGUCUCUUUUUUCAUUGUUGUUAGCUUUUUUCAUUUUUUGGUGCUAAUUAACAAUCUAAUGAUCAGUUUUUAAAUAUUCUGUCACAAUGGUCAAAUACCUACUUAUAGACACAGAUGUUGUAGUGCCCAUAAUGGAAUUACCGUCUCAUAAAUGUGCUCCUGCAGUAAUUUCAGGACAUAAAUGCAGUCCAUAGCUAAACUUCUCAGCAACUGAUUUCUUCCUUUUGAAUCCUGCCAUAAGCAAAUCUGUGCACAUUUUUGAGCAUACGUGGAACUCUGAAUGGAAGCACUCCAUUUCCUGAGGCAGUAUUACACAAACUUGGAAUUAGAGUGAAGACAGUUACUGUCAAUAAUAACUUAAAUGAUUCGAAGAUAUCACAUUUCUACCAGCAUUUAGUGUAUUUUCAUUUCUGAAAUAAGUGUGUGUAUGUGUGCGUGUGCAACUGCUAGACACCAUACACUAAUCAGUUUAAUUCUCUGUAUUUCAAACAUGAAAUUAAAAUAUGGUUGUCUGGAGGAAUUUCCAGUAAAUUAGACAUUUGGAAUGAUGUUCUUGAAAUCUUUUUAGGUAACUGGCUUUUCUUUCUCUCUCACUUUUCCUAUUAACUUCCCAAGACAAUCAUUGGGAUUGUGCAAGGAUGAAAGAAGUGUGGACUUGUGCAAUAUCCAAGUUGUCUCCCCGUGUCUGCCUAUCACUUCUUUCUGCUGUAGCUUCUAAGCUACAAACAUCCCAUUGCACAUUCCAGCUUUUAGCAGGAAUGUCCUGUUGCAAAAGGGAAAUUCCGCUCAAGCAUUUUUGCACCCAAGCCGUUGUCUAGAUUACAAAUAACAGUUUUUGCAAAUGUGUUGAUAUAUUACUGGGAAAAAGAUUACAUUUAUGAGACCCUAAACUUUAUUUUCAUAAUAAACAAGACAUGUUUUGUUGGCUUUUUCUGUUUUAUACAGUAGAAGUGACCUUGAUAUCAGAGUAUAACAUAGGAUUUGAAAUGUGUGAAUACUACACUUGAACUUAGUGUAAUUUAUAAUUAUAUCUUAGUUUUCAAUUACAGGUCUGCAAAAUCAAAAGUUGGUAUGACUGCUGAUGAUAGGGUCUUUACUACAUGUUUAGAUUUAUAGACAAUGGUGAAUAGGGUCUUUCUUUUCUCUAGCUGUGUUGAAUGUGGUUUAUAGAUAAUACAAUUCAAAUCUAAAUUACUGUCAUGGGAAUUCUGGGUUUGGUUUUUUUGGGGGGGUGCAGUGUGUGUUAAAUGUACAUGGAAGGAUGGUAAACAUAUUUAGUUUAAGACUGUUUUUCAACCUUAGCAACUCUAA